AUGGAGGAACCCGCGGCAGAGAGUCUAGAUGGCUCCUCAAUUAAGCCGGUGUCCUCCCUUCGUUCCCAUUUCGAGCAAAUGGCUAGUCUAAAACCCAAGCCCCCUCCACCCCCGGGAUCGAAGCCUAUUUCACCACAACCGACUGGGAACGGCGUCAACGAUGGGUCGAGAGAUAUUGCUAGACCAGCACCUGUGCAGCAGGAAGAAGUGGGCUUUGGGGAUGCGCUUCGUGCAGCACGAGGGAGGGAAAAGGUUGAGAAUGGACUGCGGCCCCCGCGAACGACAUCUGCGAAUAUGUCCCCCUCACCUACGAGGAACACAAAGCCACGAGCAGUCUCAGCAGCUACACCAGCAGUUACGAUUCAACCUCCUCAGUCCCCACCUAAGGCCAAUACGUUGAAUCUGGUGCUGCCAGGAACUGCAUACCUCCAGGCCGAUUCCCCACUAUCUGCGUCCUCUGGAAGCGCUUCUCCCAGGAACUUCAGGAUACCUAGUAGACCCAAUACACCACAUUUGGAGCCUGGGCGGUCUCCUAAAAUGCACCCCUCGCAACCGCCUUCACCCCCGCCUCCGAGAAGGUCAGGCGAAUUCAGGAGAGAGACACGCGAGGCUCGAGAGGCAUUUACGAAACCAAAACCUCCACCUGUGAAUCGUGCAGACAAGCCAAAAAUCAAUAGCAGACCAAUGUCUCUAGCAUUUCGAACAGAAGCUACAACUCUGGAGCCAGCUCCUCAGUCAGCGGUAGACAAAACGUCUCCAUUUAGUACACCUCCAAGUAGUGGAAGUAGUCCGGAGCACGAGCUGCCAGGGCCAGUGAUGCCGCGAUCAAGGAACGCGUUUGAGCCCAGGAACGGGACGGAACACAUUCCGACAGCUCACAAAACUUUCGACCCGCCACCUCUUCACCAUAGUGUGGUAAACAGAAGAAAAGAUCAAGAUACCAAUGGGGUGAACCGAGGGCUGAUAUCUCCUCAAGUGACAGGAGAGCAGCGGCCAGCUUUGCCAACCAGGCCUCAAGCUGUGCCUGACCCAGUCAAAGCCCGUGGAUUCAGAGAUGUCAUGCCACCACCUGCAAGGCCGUCAAUGGAUAGAAAUCGUCCCACUAACGCAAUGCCAGAAAUUGAGACUGGAUACGCGACACCGCCGAAGCGAGUAUUUUCGCAGCCGACAGACAAAGCAAACGCUCAAUUACACACUCCUCAACGGUCACACGGGAGAUCAAUGACCGUCUCCUCGCCCAGAACCCCGGUAGAAUUUAGAAAUCCAACAAUUCACGUAGAGCCUCGACAAUCGUUUGAUGUGGGUGCAGCCACAACAGCCUCAACAGUCACAAAGGAAUCAACAAAUCCAGGCUCCGGAGAAUACCCAGACAUUUCCCGCACCAACCGUCGGUACCCUGAGCACACAAACAUGGUUAGAGAACUCGCAACCAAGUACGAUACACGAUUACUUGAUGUCUGUGGAGAAUAUGUUUGCACCACUGGACAUUUUACUAGAGUGUGGAGUUUACUUGAUGGCUCACUAUUGACCAGUCUAGCCCAUACCGAAGGCGUCAAGAUUAUGUCUAUCGCCUUCAAGCCUAUGGCCAAUGUUAAUGAUGAAGGCACGCGACUUUGGAUUGGGAGCAAUACCGGCGAAAUUUCUGAGGUUGAUGUCCACACUCAGACUGUCGUGGCUACCAAGGUGAAUGCCCACACCCGCCGCGAUAUCAUCAAAAUUUAUAGACAUCUCAAUGAAAUGUGGACUCUUGACGAUGGCGGAUCUUUGCAUUUGUGGGCUCCCGACAGCGAGGGCUCACCUAGCCUUGCAGGAAAUGCGACUAAGAGCUUUAGAGUACAGAAAGGACACACUUUUUCUACCAUCAUUGGUGAUGAUCUCUGGCUUGCAACUGGCAAAGAAUUACGGGUUUAUGUGCCAAGUCGCGAUACCGGUACGCAAUGGUUGGCCCUUCAUGGCACUUUCAGCCAACCAAAUACCGGUGACAUUACCUGUGGAACAACAAUCGACUCUCAAUCUGAUAAAGUCUACUUCGGGCACACAGACGGGAAAGUCAGCAUAUACUCUAAGCGUGACGUUUCUUGUCUAGGGGUAGUGAAUGUUAGCGUUUAUAAAAUAACCACGCUUGCAGGUGUUGGUGGAUACCUCUGGGCAGGCUUCAGCACUGGUCAGGUUUAUGUCUAUGAUACAUCAAAACCAACAUGGGUCGUUCAAAAAGAAUGGCAAGCUCAUCAUGAUCCUGUCGUAAAGUUAAUUGCGGAUCCGGCAAGUUUUUGGACUUUGGAUAGAUCCAACGUCGUCUCUCUCGGCCAAGACAACAUGAUUCGGGUUUGGGAUGGCCUCUUGCAAGAGGAUUGGAUUGGUAAGCUGAUCUUAAAGACAUGUCUAAUGGCGGCUAACAUUGAAAGAAAACCAAAUGCAAUCCCAGGAACGCGAGUUUGCUGCAUUCACGCCAAUAAAAGCGCUCGUUAUGACUUGGAAUGCAGGCGCAACAGCUCCGAGUCAUCUCAGAAGGACCGAUCAAGAUGCAACAUUCUUCCGCAAUCUUCUACAGAACAGUGGUUCACCGGAUCUACUAAUAUUUGGUUUCCAGGAACUCGUUGAUCUCGAGGACAAGAAGACCAUGACCAGUUAGUACUCGUUUUUAAAGUCAUCUAUGGCACAUCCACUAACACGACCAGAAACAUUUUUCAAGUCCAAAAAGAAGGAUCCCACUUCAGAACAUGAGCACAUGAGUCGAGCCUAUCGCGAGUGGAGAGGGUUUCUGACUACGUGUAUGGAUGACUUCGUACCAGGCGAGCUCUACCAUCUACUUCAUACUGCAAGCCUUGUCGGGCUUUUCACCUGCAUCUUUGUUAGAGCUCCAUUGCGGGACCGCAUUCGCGGAUUGAGUGCUGUUGAGGUCAAACGAGGCAUGGGCGGACUGCAUGGAAAUAAGGUCAGUCGAACACUACUAGAUACAGAUCAUAUUCCUGACUUCACAGGGCGCAUUAAUUGUCCGGUUUGUUCUGGAUGAUACGUCCAUGUGCUUCAUCAACUGUCAUCUUGCUGCUGGUCAGACCCAAACAAAGGAUCGCAAUGCGGAUAUUGCCGCCAUCCUCGAAAGCUCGCUAUUGCCUCCGGUCAAAGACCUAAGCGUGCGACAAGAUAGUUAUGUUGGAGGUGGUGACGGAACAAUGGUUAUGGAUCAUGAGAUCUGUAUUUUAAAUGGAGACCUCAACUACCGUAUCGACACCAUGGGACGAGACACUGUGGUCAGAGAUGUCAAGUCGAGGAAUCUUGACAAACUCCUUGACCGAGACCAACUCAUCGCAUCGAAACGAAAACAUCCGUGGUUUAAGCUGAGAGCUUUCAACGAGUCGCCAAUUACCUUUGCACCGACAUACAAGUACGACGUUGGAACCGACAAUUAUGAUUCAAGUGAGAAGAAACGAGCACCUGCAUGGUGUGAUCGAGUACUCUUCCGUGGUGGCGAUCGUAUCCAAGAGCUGGAUUAUCGCCGACACGAAGUUCGAGUGUCAGAUCAUAGACCCGUCACAGCAUCGUUCGAGAUCCUCAUCAAGACUAUGUCCGCGGAGAAGCGUGGCUUGAAAUGGGCGGAAUGUCUGCAGCACAUGACGGAUCGCAAACAGCGCCUGGUUCGUGAAGCAAGGCAAUACUACCUUACCACUUACCUAGGCUUCGAUGCAGCAUUCUCCAAGAAGCUGAUUACUGAGAGGGAGAGGCUUGAGCAGGAAAAGGCUGACGAGAAGGCCAAAAGGGGUCGAUGAUUCUACUCACCAGCGGAGUAGAACGCAAAUAGGAUCUUGGUGCCAACGGCCGCUUCCGAGUGCAAUAGCCCUAGAUACCACGUGAUGACGUGACGCCCACCCGUCUAGCGUCAGGCGCCAUUAAAUAAUGGUCCACGUCAUGUUAUCACUACAGCAUACACUCAGACUUUAUACCGGACCACUCGCUCCGACCAAUUGCUCCUUCGAUCUGUAGAGCGAAUGGGGAUGGGGGAAAGCUGUCCCUUCUUCACUUUUCGAUGCUACUCCCAAUGUAGCGGCUUUCGAUGCGCUUGCGCAGGAACAUCCCGAUCUGAUCUGAGACUAGAGGGCUUGGGCGCGGGAAGCAAGGGAACGGGACGCUGGGGAAGUUCAAAUGUAGUGACGAGUGUA